AGAAUCGAGAAGGAGGCAGGAAACCCGCAGGAGCAUCGGAGUUAAUUCUCCUUAUAUGAUUCACUGAUUUUUCAAACGAAAAACUUGCUGCAGCGUGACCCCAAACAGAAAGACUUUUCAUUCCAACUAGCCGUGCGUGGCAGGUUUGUUUCCUCUCCGAGGCUUUUCCUUUUAGAAAACCACCUAAACGGAACCGAGCGAGAAAGACGGACAACGACCCUCCCUCAUCCUCUGCAAUCAUGAUGUCCAUGAACAGCAAGCAGCCUUUCAGUAUGCACCCCAUCCUCCACGAACCCAAAUACACGCCCCUGCACUCCAGCUCGGAGGCCAUCCGCAGAGCGUGUCUGCCCACGCCGUCGCUUCAGGGCAACAUCUUCGCCGGCUUCGAUGAGACUCUGCUGCAGAGAGCCGAGGCUCUGGCCGCCGUGGACAUCGUGGCGCAGAAGAGCCACCCGUUCAAGCCGGACGCCACCUACCACACCAUGACCACGAUGACCAGCAUGACCUGCACCCCGACCUCGUCCUCCGCCCACCUGCACCACCCCUCCGUGCUCACCUCCCACCACCACCCGGGACACCACCAGCCGUCGCAGGGCCUGGAGGGAGACCUGCUGGACCACCUCACGCCGGGGAUCUCCCUGGGAGGCAUGCCGGGCUCCGACGUCUGCUCCUCGGCCUCGCACACGGCGCACGCCGCCCACAUGUCGGCCAUCAACCACAUGCAGCACCACCACCACCACCACCAGCAGUCCAUGAACAUGCACCCGCACGGACUGGGCUCCCAUCACGGCGCCCUGGGCACCGCCGGGGGCGAGGCGGAGCCGGAUCCCAGGGAGCUGGAGUCGUUUGCAGAGAGGUUCAAACAGAGGCGGAUCAAACUCGGGGUGACCCAGGCCGACGUGGGCGCGGCGCUGGCCAACCUCAAGAUCCCCGGGGUGGGCUGUCUGAGCCAGAGCACCAUCUGCAGGUUCGAGUCCCUGACGCUGUCGCACAACAACAUGGUGGCCCUGAAGCCUAUCCUGGAGGCCUGGCUGGAGGAGGCGGAGCGGGCGCAGAGGGAGAAGAUGUCCAAGCCGGAGAUUUUCAACGGCGGCGACAAGAAGAGGAAACGCACGUCCAUCGCCGCCCCGGAGAAGCGCUCCCUGGAGGCGUACUUCGCCGUGCAGCCCAGGCCCUCGUCGGAGAAGAUCGCGGCGAUCGCUGAGAAGCUGGACCUGAAAAAGAACGUGGUCCGGGUUUGGUUUUGCAAUCAGAGGCAAAAGCAGAAACGAAUGAAGUUUUCUGCGGCGCACUAAGAACCAUCAGCUGCGGGCGUCGGUCUGGCCCGUUUAUAGAGACAAAUCAGAGACGAGCUGCUGUCCAAGCUGCUGUCAGAAACACAAGGUACGCCGCUGCGCCUUCUCCUGCAGCAGCACCGGGCGCACGCGUAAAAACGCCCAUAAAACACCUUCAAAUCCCCGCUCAGGCUUAUACUAAGGUACAACUAUUUGUAUUACUCUGGGGAAAAUUAUUUUAAAAAAAGAAGAAAAAAAUCAAAAUGACACGAUUUUGCAAUCUUGUGUCCAGUUUUAAAUUAAAUGGUGGAAUAAAUGUCUAAGUAUUCACAAGUGGAGCAGACUUCAGUGUUAUCGCCUGAAUUCCAGUUUUGGAAACAAGUUCCAGAGGGGGAAAAGUAUUCAGCUCAGGCAGCAACGUUUUCUUUUUGCAUUUAAAGAAAUAUCAGUCUUUUAGGUUUUGAAUUCGGGACACGACGACUUUUCUCUGCAGAGAAGACAAUACUUUCUUUUUUUUUAACAGUUUUUAACAUCUGCACAAACGACGGGAUACAACGGCGUACCUUCUGGUUUUCUGACAGUGGAGUCGGAGAACCGAGUCCGGGGGAGAAUUAAAGACUGAGACGCUGUCCAAAAGCUAUAGACUCUCAAAUGUGUAUGUUUCUCCUCAGGACAGGUCGAUACUCUGACUUGAGGGAGGAGGUGAUCAGCACUGUGGCGGAAAAAGAGGAGGAUCGAUGCUCCGUCUCAUUCAUUCAUAUGGCAAUUAUUGUACAAAAAAUGAGAAUAAUAAUGACGGCAACUGAGGAAUGAUAUUUAUUAUUGUCCUCUUUAACCGGAAUAGCUUUUUUUAUAUUUAUCAAUGUACAUAUUUGUGAAUACAUUGCACCUCCGUGUGUGGAAAAGCUCGUUGAAAUGUAUUGAAUUUGUCUCUUUUCCCAUUUUUGUUUCUUUUGGGGUUUCAGUGAUUUUUCUUUCGGGGUGGGAUGGGAUGGGGAGGGUCAGAUAGAGUAGCUGAUUGAUGAGGCACAGUAUCUGUAACCCAUUGCAUGGUUUGCUUGGUUUACCUGUGAGGGAGGCGUGUUUUUCCCUGCGUUUAUGGCUCCAAUAUCCCAACAACGCCCCCUCCCAUGCCCCCCCUUCAAGGUGAAUGCAUAGGAGGAUGAGCACACACUCAAACACGCACGAACACACACUUUCACACGGUAUAGCUGUGUGUCUACCUCAUUACGCAAGUGUUGGCACUUCAUAGUGGUUUUUAAAACACAUACUCGUUAAAAAAAGAAAAAGAGGAGCAGGACAAGGUUUUGGUUUCUUUUCAUGUGUUUGUUUUUUCUUUUGUUCCUCUGCCACUGGUGAAUUAGGCCUAGAAGACUCACUAAUGUGUAAACCUGUUAUAUAUCAAGUUCACUGCAAUGACGCUUUGACAAUCAGAUUAUUACGAGUAUUAUUAUUACUACCCAUAAGUUGUUAACCUCCCCUAUUUGUGUCCUCAAGAACAUGACUCGUUGUGACUCUUUAUUUUAAUGAUUAUGAUCACUGACACUUCUGUGGAGCGCACUUUGUAGAUAUUCUGAUGAAGGGAGAUAGUCGGCCUUAUUUAUACAUAUUUUUCCAACACUUCUGAAAAACAGAAACGAUAUUAUCUUUUAUGUUUUUUCCCAUUAUGCCAUCCUUAUUUAUUUCAACUUAAUUUAUUUUGGAGAAGAAAAAAAGGACAUAUUUCAUUUGUGAAAGUGUGCUUUAAUGUGUCUGUGUAAGCGACAGAAGAUGAAAUAAACCGUGCACGUUUUACUUGGUCUUCUCAAAGCCUUUCUUUACUAAACUUCAGAUUUUUGCAUCUCAAGGGAGCUGAAAAAUACAUCUUUUAAUUUCAAUCCACCAUC